GUUAGUUUCUGCACAAUGUCAAUAGAGAAGGUUGUGUUCUGAGACGAGUGAUUGAUUUUGUGGCUAAUGUGAAACAAUCCGUGGAUUAUGUGGAAGCAAUGUAUUAAACCUACGUUUUAACAGAUAAUUUAGUCCUCAAUGCUGGCCUCAUGCUGCAUUAACCCAUAAGGUAUACUAGGGGAAGGGGUCAGUACGAGGUGUUGGAAGCAUAUCGGGAUGAAGCAGACGUUGAACACACUUUGAUAACCCGUUCAGCGCAGCUACUAUGAGCGUGGGCGGGUAUGAUGGCAAGAUUGCUGGCCUAUACGACCUGGAGGAGACGCUGGGACGCGGCCACUACGCCGUGGUGAAGCUGGCCAGACACGUCUUCACGGGAGAGAAGGUGGCCGUCAAGGUAAUUGACAAGAUGAAGCUGGACGAGGUGUCGCGGGCGCACCUGUUCCAGGAGGUUCGCUGCAUGAAGCUGGUGCAGCACCCCAACGUCGUGCGGCUGUACGAAGUGAUCGACACGCAGACGAAGCUCUACCUCAUCCUGGAGUGGGCUGAUGGAGGCGACAUGUACGACUACAUCAUGAAGCACGAGAAAGGUCUAGACGAGGGGGCGGCGUGCAAGUACUUCAGGCAGAUUGUGCACGCCAUCAGCUUCUGCCACAAGCUGCACGUGGUGCACCGCGACCUUAAGCCCGAGAACGUGGUCUUCUUUGAGAAGCUCGGCAUGGUCAAGCUCACCGACUUUGGCUUCAGCAACAAGUUCUGCCCUGGCCAGAAGCUGGAAACCUCGUGCGGCUCCCUGGCCUACUCCGCCCCGGAGAUCCUCCUCGGGGACUCCUACGAUGCUCCUGCUGUCGACAUCUGGUCGCUGGGAGUGAUCUUGUACAUGUUGGUAUGUGGUCACGCGCCCUUCCAGGAGGCCAAUGACAGCGAGACCCUCACUAUGAUCAUGGACUGCAAGUACACCAUUCCUGACUACGUGUCCGAACCCUGCAGGAACUUGAUAGCUCGAAUGUUAAUCCGGGACCCUGGGAAACGCUCCACCUUAGAAGACAUAGCGAGUGACCCUUGGCUACAAGAAGGCUGGACCGUGGACCCAGCAGAGGUGUUGCCCCUAGUGUCCCGGCAACACCUUACGGAGGAAGACCAUGCUCACAUCAUACACAAGAUGGUUUCUGGGAACAUAGCUUCAAUGGAAGAGAUUCUUGAUGGGCUAGACAGGAAUGAGUACAACCACAUUACUGCAACAUAUUUUCUGUUGGCGGAGCGCAAACUUCGAGCACACCGUCUCCAACAAGCUGAUCUGGCUAAGAAUGCUGUCACCAGCCCUGUGAUGUCUGUCAGAAAAUGUGGAGGCAGCUUAGAUGAAAGCUCAAUACAGAGCACAGCAGAGACCUCGAGGUUUAUCCAAGCCUCCCAACUGUUUAAAGAUGACAUGGCUAAUGGCAUCCUACACAACAAAUUGUCAGAGUUUUUGCAGGUUCGAACUGGAGGUCGUAUGAGAACUUUUAGUAUCUUGGAAGAAGAGGAAGAGGAAGAAGAGCCAAGAGAAGAGAUAGAUGAGAAGAAGGAAGAUGAAGACACAUUGGAUAAAGGACAGAGGUCUAGAAGUGGAUCACGAAGUGGAUCACGUAGUGGCUCCCGCAGUGGAUCUCGAAGUGGGUCUAGAAGAGGAUCAAGGGCAUCGAGUAGCUCUUCCCUAAAGGAUAAAUGUGUAAGAGACAUGAAGUUAGAUUUAUCUCUUCUUCAUCGUCUUGAAUGCGUUCGACGGGGCAGUGGUUCACAUCAAGGCUCUCUACAAGGGUCAGCUGCCACAUCACCUUCUGGUGAUGAUCCUCCUUUACCAGAGCCCCCUUUUCCUCCCUCUUCAAAUAUUGGGCUUGGACGGGGAAGGGCCAAGAGUGCUGGAACUUCUCCAGCCACAACCCCUCCAAACAGUUUAGUACCACCUACAAAUAUAAAUAACAACAACAAUAAUAGUAGUAAUAAUAACAACAAUCUUUCCACAGUUACCCAACAAGGGCCCACUCUACCACCCCCAAGAAUUACCCCUCAAUCUUCUGUAUCCUCAUCGCCAACAUCUCAAGCAUCUUCUCCAACCUCUCCAGGACCACAACAAUUACCAUCUUCACCAAAGAAUCAGAGUUCUUUCUUUAACCAUAAAUUUAAAACUCUACCAUCACCUAACCGGAGACUUCAUUCUGUUAGGUCCUCACCACAGCUAAUGCUAAAUGAAAUAUUUGAAGAAGGCGAGUCAGAUGGGGAAGGCAGUAGUGGGAACAGCCGUGUAGCCAGCACAACUUCUGGGAACAGCAUUGGGGGUGCAGUUGCUUCUCCAGUUAUUAUGCGCAGACAUCGCCUUGUUAGAUCACGAACUGCAUCAUGUAGUUCUUCAGAUGCCUCGGAUGAUGACCAGGAUGCUCGAAAAAGGCGGCAGCAACGUGCACUCACACGGCACCUUACUCGAGACUCGCAAGAAGAACCAUGUGAUUCACAGGAACCAUGCAGUGAAGCAAUGGAUGAACGACGGGAUAAUGAUAUGACAUUAGAAGAACUUAAUGAUCAAAUGCUUGUUCCACCUUCAUUUGAUUGCAAUGGUAGCUUACAAGGGCAAGGCAAUGCUCGUGGUAAUAGACCUCUGUCUGCUGCUUGUGAUGAUGAACGUAAGAAUGGACCUUUGAAGGAGGAGGCUGGUAGCACAGAAAAUAUGCUGGACAUAGAUACAACAUUACGAGAAAGCCGUUCCUUAAAUUGUAUCGUUAUGGCUAGUGGGGAACAGGAAGAACUUCCCUUGUGCAGUGUAUCAGAAGCCUCGCUUCUUGACCAGUGUUCAUCUAGCAAUAUAACUGUAUCUACAGAUAAUGUUACUACAAUAUAUAUUGAAAAUAAACCAUCUGUUGAAACCGGAAAUGAUGGAAAGCUUGUUCAAUCAAGAAAUUUAGUGGGUGAUCGUGUUGUGAUCCGUGUAACUGAUGAUAAUGGACAGUGCCAGGAUUCCAUUGUCGGAGAUAUAGAUACACCAACUGACAUAAAAUGUUUUGCUCCAAAGGAGACAGGAUCCCCUCUGGAAAUUGGUGCUAAUGAUGUAGUAGUUGGGCUUGUGGACUCUCCCCGACCAGGUCGGCCAGUAGGGAUUAGACCUGUAUCAGAUUCACAGGUAAUCACUCGUCCACCACACUCCCCAUCUUUGACCAAAUCAGUGUCUCACAUGGAAUCUCUAAGUGCAUGUGGGGAACGAUCCUCCAAUAAGUUCUCUUUGCGGACUAGUGCUACCAAUGGAUCGCUGAUGCCUGGGCGGAACCACUAUGUUAUGGACAUAAAUCAGAAUGCAGGACGAAAGAAUCGUUCAGAAAAAUCAAAUGGUGCACUAGCAAUACAAGGGACCUCAAAGUGCUGUAGUUUAUCUUGAGGUACUGGAUACAGUGUAGGAGAAAUUACAGACCGUAUUAAAUAAUAAACUUGUGCAUUUGUGUUGUACGUUUCCCAAAAUCCUUAAAUAUAUCCAGGGGUACAUAUAAAUAAUGGAAAUUGUUUGCAGGUGUAGACAUUAUUGAGUGUGAUAAAAUUGUGUUGUGUAAAUAGAAGAGUCAACUAUUUUGAGAUGUAGAUAUGAAUGAAAUUUGUGUCCUCAGCCUGGCAGGUCCCAGGAAUAUGUGGAUGAUCACCUUGUUGACUGUCCCAACCACUGACAAGUGCCAGCUUUACUCCAGUGUAUUUUCCAUUCUAUUGCUGUUGCAGUAUAUAUUUUGGGCUGGUAUGUCAGUAACUAUCAACCAGAAUAAUAUUUUAACAUAAACUGCAGUGUCUGAAAAUGAAAUGUUGGUGUUGAAUAUAAUGUUGAUUCUUGGAAGUCUACAGGUUAUUCCUCGUGAAAGUGUGUAAGAAGAUGUAAAUGUUAUUGUUUUCAUUGUAUAGGUGCAUACCUUACAUACAACCAAAUGAUGGGAUCUCACAAUUAAUAAGAAGCACAGCAAAGAAUCUUAUACAGUCAAUAUUUUUAUAAUAUACUUCUUUGUACAUAAUUUUCAAGUUUGUUCAACUGGUGGCAAUAUUUUUGUGACUAAGAAAUUUGAGCUCCAUUGCCAUAUAUUGUGGAGUUCUAAAAUGUUAAUUGCAUAGAUGAGUUGAACCCCUACUUGUGAUUGGUCAAAUUGUAUUAUCUUUCCUUCUCUCCUUUUCAAGUACUUAUUAUAAUCUUGCCAACCCUAGUCAAGACCUAGUCUUUGUGUAUACAUGGAAGCUUAGCCGUCACAAAAGCUGGGGGUGUCUCUUGUCUGUUGGUCAGAUUUAUAAAGCCAUUAUCAUUGAAGUUAAACCUUUUUAUAAUUUUUCAUGGCAGUAUUUCAACAUAAUCAUUUUAAUAAUAGAUUUGUACAAAGUACAUAUUGUAAAGUGACCUGUUGACAUAGUGCUAUAGUGUUGCAUUCACUUUCAACCCUGGAAGGAUCCGAAUUUUAAUUACAAAUCGAGUGGUGCAACUCAACAUUUUUAUAUUUAAGCAAUACCUCUCUCAAAUUCCCUCCAUGAAAUGUCAUGUGAACUAAAUAUUAAUAGAGCAUCCUACCUUUUAUUUUAUCCAAUCAGAAUCUGCUACAGUUUUUCCAAUAUCAACUGCAACAAUUUCAUUUGACAUAUUUCCAUUACAUAUGAGGAAAAGAUAAUAUUGGUACCUAUGGCUCAUAAUUACUAAUUUCAUCACAAUGUAAAGAAAAUUACCCUUUAUUAGGUAUAGUUUUAUGUUCUUUGUUAGAUAGUACAGUAUGUGGCUUAAGAUAUUUAUUUAAUUUUUGUUUUGCUUUAAUUGUUGUAAUAAUACAUGUUAUAGUCAAGCAUUGCAUACUCAAAAUUCUGUACAGUCAUAAGCGAGGUCUUAUUUUAGUUUACCAUGGGGCUUGGUAGUGAACCAGUUGACAAAGGAUGCCUAUGGAAGUGAAAGUGUGGGAAAAGUCACAUGGGUUAUUACCUGUGCGCUCUUUCAGGAUUCUUCGCUGCACUCUCACUGUAUCACUACUAGUACUCUACUACACUCUCUCCUCAUUUCCCUCUCAGUAAAUGCUGUUUUUUUUUUAAUCUGUCAUUUCUGUAUUAUUAACUUUUAAUUCCCUCAUCUAUAUUUUUAUUGAGGCAAUCUGCAUUCUUUCUUCAUUCUUGUUUCUCAAAGCAAACAAGUCAUGGUUGCUUCACUUGUGUGAUACAGUAGCCAAAUUAGCAUGUGCUGAUCUUUUAACAAGUGUUUUGAUUGGUCCUUCGAACAUUUUUAUAAUUUGGAGUCACUUUGAAAAUAUCUAAAAUUUUGAAGUUUGUCACUCCAUCAAGGAAGGGAAGGGAAGUUAAGGGAAAGUACCAAAUUCAGUAACACAGCAGUGAUACAGAGAUUCUCCAUUCCAUGCUACCAGCCUGUGUCUUUUCCAGAUAAUUGCAUUUGUGACAUGAUUGGUGAUAAUUAGUUGUAGACGGUUCUCUUUCUUAGAAUAUUACGUUUUUUGUAAUUAGAGAAGUUAAAUUUCUUAGGACUCCAGAUUGAUGCCAUACAGUAUUUGAUAAUGAUUACAUGUGCACAUCUUUCUGUAAGAUUAUUUUUGUCUGGUGUGACGAAUUUUAUGUAAUGGUAUUGGCAAGUUUUGGCCAUAAAUAACUUGAGUGCUACACUAAGGCUCUUAUUUUACCAUACAUAAUAUUUAUGAAGAUGAUGGAAGUCUGAGCAUUAUAAAUACAGGAUGCAGGAGUAGCUGCAGGAAGUCAAGUAUAAUAAUAAUUAGUUGAUUGAAGUGUAAUGUGGUAUGUGUGUGUAUUUUUUGUAAGCAAUGAUAAGCAAACACAGGAAUAUAUAAUUACACUGUAUUGCCUUUUGGUAAAUAUGUUUUGUUGAUUGCAUUGUGCUUUAAUGAAUUACUGUAAAAAGACAACAUAUUAUUAGUCUUAAUUUGUUAAAAUGUAUGAAGUAUUUUGAUUUAAUACUUAUGACAUAUUACAUUAUGAUUUUCAAAGUUGAUAUAGAUAUUAAUUCUGAAAAUUCUUGUGCCAGAUAAUGGGUUAUUAAUUUCUUGUACUUCACAUGUUUGUAUGUUAAAUAGUUUUUUAAAUAUGUAACAUCUGUAUUUGUGUGUGUGAAUGGUACUCCAUAUAAUUAUACAGUUGUGUGUUUUUGAAUCUGUUUGAUUAUGUUUAGUACAUGCAAGAUUAUUUAUGAUGUGAAUGAAUGUGAAAAUCAUGUAAAAAAAUGCAUGAAAUCAGUUUCAAUAUCUUGACAUGGGUUCAAGAUUUGUUGAUACUGAUUUUGUGAUCACCAUUGAGAGCAUGUGUCAGUUGUUCAGACUGUAAUGUAUGUAUUCUUGCAGGAUAAAAAAAAUUAGUACCGGUAAACCUAGAUAUAGUGAGUCUACAGUUCAUCAGUCUUCUCUUCUUUACUUAAAAUGAACUUUGAUUAAAUUAUUGUCUUGUUA